CUGGAUGAUCGCCUGAAUGAGCUAGAGAGCACAGGAUCGCGCCCCGAAGGAGGAGAUGGGAAAAUAUAACAAAACAAAAGGGAAGGUGAUCGCACGAGAGCGCCGCCAGAUCGGAAGCGAAAUCAAAUUUAAUCAAUCUCUACUUUACACAACACACACCGCGCGUCAUCGGCCUGGGGAUACUCCCCGCUGUCUGUGCUAUCUCCAACGGUAUCCCGGUUGUAGAGACGGUGUUUGUAUGCAUGUGGCCGUGUAUGGCCUAUUCCGGUUUAGCUUAUGCUGUGCAGCCUACGAAUUCCGAACUUGACACUGAUAGAGCGCAACGCAUUUCAGUGGUCAAAAUUUACGCUACACUUGCUUGGCCGAUGCUGAGGCGCACGAUCUCAGUGCAUCUCGACAGUCGAUGAUGGCCAUCGACGUCGAGGAGCUCGUCAUCCAACCCUUCCGGGAGGUCGUGGAGCGGGGCAAGGAAGCCAUUGCUAAUGCCGAGGCAGUGAAUGGCGGUGGUGAGAAUGAGGAUGACGCCGACCCGUCUGGCGACCAAGAUGCGGCGGAGAUGCUCAAGGCGGCGCGUUCGCUAACAAGGGAGGGUGAGAGGGCUUUGCAAAGACUGCUCCCGCUGUGGAAAGAACGUGUCGACAAAUACGGCGACGCUUUCACGGAGGCUAUGCGACAGAAUGAUAAAAUCGUCGAUAGUCAGAGACGGCUGGAAGAUCUUCUCUAUGACCUGGACGAUUUCGUUCAGGUCGAUUCGUUCGAUGCCGUGAAGUUUGCAGAUGUCCAAGCGGCAUCGAAGUCUUUCGCCCUUACUCUCAUGGAAACCAUCAGGAGAUUACACAUUGAAGAGAGCGCAUCGUCAGUAUCGACUAUUCCGUCGUGGAUACAGCCGUUAUCAACACGGGGUCCGAAUGGCACCAAUAGCAACACGGGCUCUACCUCCACUUCAAAGAUGAACGAAAAUGCCGACAUUAGCGGGACUAAUACUCCAGCUAGGCGACCAUCUAGCCCUGACAUUUUGGGGGCUGAACGCGACUUUAUCAGUCUUGUGUCUGGUCCUUCUAGCGCCCCACCUCCGAAUUCACGGACAUCAGCGUGGGUUAGCGAGCAGACGACAACCGCAAAAUUAUGGCCUCGAAGCAAUUCAAUUCCCGAGGACGACUAUUAUGUGGGACAGCCUAUGAUAUUCAACAAUCUCGACAGUGUCGCUCUACACGGCAAAGAGACACCCGUGCCGGCAACACAGCCUAACGCGCCUUAUAGUCCAGGUACCUCUUAUAGUAGAGUAUCCUGGUAUACCAGUACGGGAAGUCAUGCUUCGGGCCCUAGGUCAUCGAUUCAUAUCCCAACGAGUGACCAAAGAACGACUUCACUCGCAAGGCCGGGUCCGUCUGAGAUUCGCGGAUCAAAAGAUCUUGAACCGCCGUUGCCAGGUGCGCACCCGGUUUAUGAAGAUGGCCUCAUACCGGCAGAAGAGCUCUUCGAGCCACAGGCGAAUUCGUCCUCUGGUUACCAAAUAGGCUUGGACAGUAGUCUAUAUAUACAGAAGGGAUUAUGCUCUGGUGCGCAGACGUACCGAGUUAAAGGACGCAAAAGCGCUACUAAAACCGUAAUGGAAUAUGGAACGAGAAGAAGUCUUUGUCGAUGUACGGACUGCGAAUUUACGCAAAACUUGUUAGAAGCUGAACUUGAUACCGCCCAGGACUCGACGGCGAACUUUUGUAAAGCUGGUGUUAUGUACCGACUCCGUUUUCUAUACAAAUCGCACUUAACCUCAACUACAGCAUUUACAUCACAAUUUGGUUGCCUAUUUUGUGCGCAAAAGGGCCAGACCGUUCAUGCGGACGAUGCGACGGUCUUCACCACACAAGAGCAGCUUUUCAAACAUUUAUCACGCCACCCACAGCCUCUACCAGAGAUACCUGGAGUAGUGAUUUUAUACGGCGACGUAUAUAAGGAUAAUCCCCAUGCCGAGGAUUACGAUCUUCAUUUCCAGAAUCCCCCGGUUGCUAGUAUCCUUCCAGAUGCAGCGUCCCUAGCGAAACUACCAUCUGCCGUAGCCGUUAAGAGUCACGUCAAGCGAUAUGGGCGUGAUCUAACGGAUCCUGACGGUAGUUCGGACCAGGUACUAAAAUUCCUGGAAGGUGCUCGUAUUGUGGGAAUAGAAUUUCCAGAGAAGUGGAAGGGAAAAUGGUGUACUGGCUGGCAUGACGGGCAAUGGGGCUCUUUCGUUGCGAAGCAUGUGGUUCUAGAACCACCGACACGACCUCCAGGUCCGAGCACAAGUGCUGAUGGGAUGUUCAUCACAACACGCUGGAAGUGGGAGGUGAAGGACAUGUCGAGUGGAUGGUUACCGCUUGAUAAAGACGAGACUUUAUCUAAUGUCACCUGGAUCAACCGAGACGAUUGGUGUUGGUCAGGAACGAAGAAGAAUGGGAAAGUAGGGCUUUUCCCACGAUCUCACGUGAAAUUGGAGUCUCUUCGUGGAAGUGCCGUUUGGCGCGGGGAGGGGGAAGAGGAAGAGAUGCCCAAGGCUAAAAAGCAAGGCAGCUUUGGCCUACCUACGAUCAAGAUGCGGAGGAUGACUAUUGGGAGUUCUACGUCUUGAUCCAUAUCCGGGAUCUGGUGAUCCUAUUUGGUGG